AUGUCAGCCAGAUCUCCGGUUACCUGCCACAUAUUGGACACGCAGUUUGGCAAGCCAGCUGCAAACGUCGCUGUCACGCUCUUCAGACUCGAAGGCGGUGGAUCGUCGUUUAAUUCACUCGCAGAAAGCGUCACGGAUGCAGAUGGACGAUGCACAACCCUGCUCCCCCCUCAAACCCUCAUGGCCGGCACAUACAAAAUGCAUUUCGCCACAAAGUCGUAUUUUGAGAGCACUGGUAGAGAGACCUUCUUCCCCUUUGUCGAGAUUGUGUUCGAUCUCAAAAAUCCAGAUCAACAUUAUCAUAUCCCUCUGCUCCUCAGCGCAUUCUCCUAUACAACCUAUCGGGGUAGUUAA